AUGGCAUCUCAUCUUGCCGAGGACCUGGACAUCUUCAACCGUCAUCUCGCCAAGCACCGCAAGCCUGGGGGAGAAGCCGCCGACAAUUCGGCCUACCAGACCCUUAACCACGAUGUACAGGAUCCCAUCACAUAUGUCACAGUUCCAAGAUUUCGGACCGGACUGCCACCUGGAAGUGGAUGUGGGCGAUCGCAGCUGGAUAUCCUGGAGCAAAUCAUGGGUCCGUUCAAGCGAGAGGUCAUUGAGCUGUACUUCAGGCAUCUUCACUAUCAUUUCCCGGUCCUUGACGAAGAGAUGUGCGCACUUCUUCGCGGCGGCCAGCUCGAUAAGGCGCCGAACAACUUGCUCUGUGUCAUCUUUGCUCAUGGGUCACCAUUAUGGCCAAGAUCAGAAACGCUGAAGAUGCACCCGAGGCCAGAUGCGCAUUAUGUGUGGAACAAGGCUAUCUCAGCAACCCUGGAAGAUUUUCUGAGUCCUGGCAUGUCAACAAUAUCAACAGCGAUUCUUGACCAGAUUGGCCGCCCAUCUGUCUCGAUCGUUGGCAACAUCACACUCUGUGGCAAGACUGUCUCGCUCGCCCAAACGUUUGGUCUGCAUCGCGACCCAGCGAAGUGGAACAUCACAGAGAAUGAGAGAUCUGUUCGAGUGCGACUGUGGUGGUGUGUGCUCAUCACGGAUACUUGGUCCAGCGUCGCGUACGGUGGUCCUCCACACAUCACCAAAGGCUAUCACGACGUGCCUCGACCGACAGUUGGAUCACUCAUCAGCCACAAAGCAGGCCAACAACAAAAGCAGGCGACUACGUGUUUUGUGCAUUUCUGUGCAUUGACAGAAUUGGUGCAAUCCAUCAUUCCUCUCAUCUAUCAAAUUGAGCCGGACCGCAUGCAAUUGUCUCAGCAAGUGGCCCACUUCAAGCGCGAGCUGAACAAUCUGGAUGCCCAGCUGCCCACCUGGCUGCCACUUCCCAAUCAGCCAGGAUCUAGCAACCUGUGGUUCUGCUUUCUCUCUACUCGACUACUCCUCGCGCGUGUGACGCUACGCUCUGCAGUCCUUGAGGGUGAUAGCACACUGGGACGAGACAGAAUGCACCAACUGCGUACCUCCUCAUCUGCUGUCUUGGACUUCCUCCUCACACUUGGUGAACUCCAAUUCCAGGAUUUCUGGCUCCCCUACGUGACCCACCUCCUCGUACACGCUAUCACAGUCUCCCUACGAUGCACAGUCGAGACAACAGAUCCUGAGAUGCGGAACACGUCAGUGGACCGGCUACAGCGUGUGAUUGCACAUAUUCAGUUUGCUCGAGAUAACUACGAUUGGGACCUGGCCAUUUAUUGCCUUGAGAGGUGCGCAGAGCCGGUGUCCAGGAUAGCAUCCUUGAAUUCAAGGGAGCCUGCGCCGCCUUCCGAAACCGAAUUUACGAGCGUAGCCCCAGCGAACGGGCAAGGUACUGGCGUUGAGGUUCCGCCUUUGCUGAUAUUCGACGACACCAACUUCUUGCUCUCGGACAUAUUGGAUCCAAAUGCAUUUGACUUCUCGUUAGAAGCACUGUGGGACACACCUUCUGGCAUGACGAACUUCGCGAUAUAA